CCCCGGCCCCGGCUUCCGCCGCUGCCGUGGCUGCUGCUGGCGCUGGCGACCCGCGGGGGCUGGGGCGCGCCCGCACCCCGCGCGGAGGACCUCAGCCUGGGAGUGGAGUGGCUGAGCAGAUUCGGCUACCUGCCCCCAGCAGACUCCACAACUGGGCAGCUGCAGACACAGGAGGAACUGUCCAAGGCCAUUGCUGCCAUGCAGCGGUUUGGAGGUCUGGAGGCCACCGGCAUCCUGGAUGUGGCUACCCUGGCGCUGAUGAAGACCCCUCGGUGUUCCCUCCCUGACCUCCCGGCUGCGGCCCCAGCUCGAAGGAGGCGCCAGGCUCCAGCUCCCACCACGUGGCACAAGAGGAGCUUGUCCUGGAGGGUCCGCACAUUCCCUCGGGACUCACCCCUGGGCCCGGACACGGUGCGGGCACUCAUGCACUACGCCCUCAAAGUCUGGAGUGACAUCACGCCCCUCAACUUCCAUGAGGUGGCAGGCAGUGCGGCGGAUAUCCAGAUCGACUUCUCCAAGGCUGACCACAACGACGCCUACCCUUUCGAUGGCCCAGGCGGCACGGUGGCCCAUGCCUUCUUCCCUGGCGACCACCACACUGCGGGGGAUGCCCACUUCGAUGAUGAUGAGUCCUGGGCCUUCCGCUCGUCAGAUGCCCAUGACAUGGACCUGUUCGCAGUGGCCGUGCACGAGUUCGGCCAUGCCAUUGGGCUGAGCCACGUGGCAGCCACAAGCUCUAUCAUGCAGCCCUACUACCAGGGCCCAGUGGGCGAUCCACUGCACUACAGGCUCCCCUAUGAGGACAGGGUGCGCAUCUGGCAGCUGUACGGUGUGCGGGAGUCUGUGUCCCCCACGGCGCAGCCGGACACCCCAGAGCCCAAGGAGCCCCCGCUCCUGCCAGAGCCCCCCAACAACCGUUCUAGCACCCUGCCCAGGAAGGAUGUGCCUCACCGAUGCAGUACCGACUUCGACGCGGUGGCCCAGAUCCGCGGCGAGGCCUUUUUUUUCAAAGGAAAGUACUUCUGGCGGCUGACCCGGGAUGGGCACCUGGUGUCACUGCAGCCGGCACAGAUGCACCGCUUCUGGCGGGGCCUGCCGCUGCAGCUGGACAGCGUGGACGCUGUGUACGAGCGCACCAGUGACCACAAGAUCGUCUUCUUCAAAGGAGACAGAUACUGGGUAUUUAAGGACAAUAACGUAGAGGAAGGAUACCCGCGGCCCGUUUCAGACUUCGGCCUCCCGCCAGGCGGCGUCGACGCGGCCUUCUCCUGGUCCCACAAUGACAAGACUUAUUUCUUUAAGGACCAGCUGUACUGGCGCUUUGAUGAGCACACACGGCGCAUGGACCCCGGCCACCCCGCCCGCAGCCCCCCGUGGAGGGGCAUCCCCAGCACGCUCGAUGACGCCAUGUGCUGGUCCGACGGUGCUGCUUACUUCUUCCGCGGCAAGGAGUACUGGAAAGUGCUGGACAGCGAGCUGGAGGUGGCGCCCGGGUACCCACAGUCCACAGCGCGGGACUGGCUGGUCUGCAGAGACCUGCAGGCAGACCCAGAGGGUGCAGGCGGAGAAGCUGGGGCCCACGCCCGGCCGGGACAGCACAGCCAGAGCCGCCCAGAGGACAGUUUCGAGUGCCGUCGCCACUCCAGUGCGAGACCCAGGGUUCCUGCAGCAACACACCCAGCCUUGCAGAGGACACACUGCCAUCUCUGAGCAGACUGCCUGGUCGUGCCCCCCGCAGGCUGGAGAGAGGCCAGCAGAGGACGCUGCCAUCUAGCUGUUCAGCCACAGAGGAGCAGCCACCUGUCUUGUCUUUUCUGGUACCGAGGUGGCCUGACUGCCAGCUGUGAGCUGGGAAGACUUCAAGGCCCAGCUGGGGACAGGAGCUGUCCUUCCCGCCUGUGAGCAGCUGGAUCACGCAGAACUCAACUGCUGAGCCAGCAAGGCAGGGCUGGGAGGGCGUCCGGUGGGCCACACUGCCCACAGCCUCGCGGCCCUGGGAAUGACAGCCUGCACCGAGCCCACCAGCGGCACCAUCAAGCCCAUCUCAUACCCACACUGCUGCCCCUGGUGCUUCCGCCCAUCCCAGGGGCCUAUGCCCCACCCCUACCUAUGGGCCUGUGGUUGCCUUGCUCAGAGCAGCCUCUGACUCGCAGAGGAGUCCCCCAAGCUGGGGCCAAGGUCGGCCCCCCCAUGAUGUGUUUCAGACAAACAUGACCUCUCCCUGCUUCCUAA